CCCCAAGGGAUGGAGUAUUAAAAAUUGCUGAUUGCCCCAAAACCCUUUGGAGAUGUAAAAAAUUGCGAGUAUAAUUACAAACACAUACUUUGCCCCAAACCCCUUCUCCUCUCUACUGGCGCUUCUGCCGCUGUUAUGUACGACAGUGAAGAUUGAGAUCUCUAAGUCAAUCGUUAAGAUCCAGUUCUAUACUUAAACGCUUGAUCUAAGCCGUUCCGGUCACCUUAACUAAAUAGCGGUGCUCAAUACACCGAACUAAACCCUAGGCGUCGCUUCCAUAUCGCCUACGAUGGGAGACCCCAACGAUGCUUUCAUGCGCAACAACGCCGCCGUCCAGGCUCGCACGAAGGCCCAAAACCGUGCCAAUGUUAUGCAACUCAAGCUGAUUGGUCAAAGCCACCCAACGGGGCUGACGAAUAAUUUGCUAAAAUUGUUUGAACCUCGCCCACCUUUGGAAUUCAAACCACCUCCUGAGAAGAGAAAAUGCCCUCCUUAUUCAGGUAUGGCCCAAUUUGCGAAAAUUUUUGCGGAGCCUGGUGAUCCAGAAUAUGCCCCACCUAUCAAGGAGGUGGAAACUCCAGUGGAGAGAAAGGCCAGGAUUCACAAGUUACGACUUGAAAAGGGUGCACAGAAGGCUGUUGAAGAGCUUGAAAAAUAUGAUCCAAAUAAUGACUCAAAUGCUACUGGAGAUCCAUACAAGACAUUGUUUGUAGCUAGACUUAACUAUGAGACAACUGAAAGCAGAAUCAAAAGGGAAUUUGAGGCCUAUGGUCCAAUAAAGAGGGUAGGUAUUGUAGAGAACCCAAGAGGGGGUUCCAAUUAUUGGCUUUUUGUGUCGGUAAGAGGUAAACUGUAGGAAUUAGUUCCAAUUAUUGGCUUUUUGUGUCGGUAAGAGGUAAACCAUAUGAAUUUAUUGCUCUUCACUAGUAAAUUUCCAACCAAUUUCCCAAUGAGGUUGCCUACCACAAAUUGGUCAAAAUCUCAAAUAUGUUUUAAAUCUUUUCCACUAAAAAUAAAGAUGUUCAUAUGCCCAUUUGCACAUUUUGUUACAUUUUAAGUUGUUUUUGGAAAAGUAAACUUGAUCCCAUGCUUACUUCCCAAUUGAAAUGGCUUGUAAAUAGCACGUUUGGGUUGAGUUAAGUUACUUAAGUACUAUAUACAUUAUAGUUAAGUAUUGAUGAUUUUAUUCAAUUAAAUCAUUUUUUAUUUCAUUAGUUAUUUUGUUGCAUCGUUGUUACUGUGUAAAUUUGGGAAAGUGCUUUAUCUAUUCCAAAAGUGUUCCCAAAUGAUCUCUCUUUCAGUGUUCUCCUUGUGAAAAAUAAUUUUGAAUUUGGGAUGUAGGAAUUACCUUUAUAAACAAUUUAAAACAUUUCUAUGGUCAAAGAAAGUUGUUUCUAUAUCAUCUCCUUUUGUUUCUAUACUUGUAUAUACAUUGCCAUGUAUUUGCUGCAUGUAUUGUGCUUAUAGUGUGAACAUGCCAUGAUAUUGAAAAUAUUUUUAGAACUUUUUCCUCCCGCAACAUGAAUUUUACCUCCAUAUUUCCCCAAGCUAUACUUCACUGUAAGAAAAUUAAGUUUGGGAAAUUAGAUUAUUAGCGUUUUUUUACCCUAAGUAGAGGUUGGUAAGCAUCACAGGUUAAAUCAUUCACUCUUCGAUAAUGUCAUUAUCCUGUUAUUCCUCAAAUUUAUCUGGGCUUUCAAAAUUUCUUCUGGUCUCGGCAUUCCAUUAGUCAAGAAGGAGCUUCUAUGAUAAGGUUCAAUUGUUUGGUAAUAUUCUUGGUAAGAAUAAAAGCUUUGUUCAUGGAGUUUUCUGGAUCCUUGACUUGUAAAAAUGGAACCAUUUUUGUCCUGAAGCCCUUUCUCCUUCCUGCAAAACUAAGCUUAACUUCAUAAGUUGAGCAGAAGAAUUGAUGCAUUGUGCAUUUUGGUCCUUUUGAAGCAACAAGAGAGCCUCAAUACUUUUCCUGCGCUGGGUGAAGGGUAAAAAUAUGUUGGGAGUAUAAACAUCUCUUUCCCUUUUAACAUUUCAUAUGUCCACUUUCUGCUACUAAAAUUUUAUUUUUGGAUUUAAAGGCAGUCAAAAUGUUUCUGCAGUUGAGGAGCCUGGUAUUUCGUAUGUUAUUAUAGUUAUUUAUUUAUUCAUUUCUUUAUUACAAACAAUCCCGGGUAAGGGGAAACUAGAAUGUACGGAAACAGUAGAUUCGCCACAGUUUUUUCACAACUCCGCCAGUGACGGUGAUGCCUAUUGCUUGGAGCUCUAUGAUCAAAGAUUCGUCUGGUUACGGAUAACACAAACAACAAGCCCAGAGGAUAUGCUUUUAUUGAGUAUGUGCAUACUCGAGAUAUGAAAGCUGCUUAUAAACAAGCUGAUGGGAAGAAGAUUGACAAUAGAAGGGUGCUUGUUGAUGUUGAAAGAGGAAGAACAGUUCCAAAUUGGCGACCCCGCAGGCUUGGUGGUGGACUUGGAACUUCAAGAGUAGGAAUUGAAGAUCUUAGUCAGAAGUCUUCUGGGAGAGAACAAGUGCAGCCAGGAGGAACAUCUCGGUCUGAGGAACCAAGGGCCCGAGAUGACAGAGAGAGGGACAGAGAGAAGUCCCGCGAGAGGCCUAGAGAAAGAGAACGUGAACGGUCUCGUGAGCGGUCUCAUGAGAAACCAAGGGACCGUGAGCAUAGGGAUGAUAGACACCAUAGGGAUCGUGAUAGAACUAGGGACACUAGGGAGAAAGACCGCGGGCGUGACCGAGACCGAGAUCGAGACCGUGAUCGCGGCAAGAAACGUGACAGAGAUGAGCGUGAAAGGGGAGAUCGCCAUAGAGAGAGGGGCACUAGAGAUAGAGAUCGAGAUCAUGAAUUCGAAGUGGAGAAUGAUCGUGGGCGCUCUCGUGAUCGAGGUCAUCAUGACUAUGAUGAUCAUGAGCUAGACCGACAUGCUGAGAAAGAGAGGAACCAUGACCAUGAAGGGAUGGAGGAAGGACCUGGGGAUGAAGGGUGGUAUGAGCCUUCUGAUCAUGGGCGUGGACACUAUGAUGACUACUAUGACCGUCGCCGUCAUCACAGUCGUCACAAUGAGUAUGAUGAUGAUGUGGAUGCACAUGGGGCUAAAAAUAACGAUGAACGCUACAAGGAUUCUGGCCAUGUUGAUAAGAUGGAUGAGGAAGAGGAGGAUAAGUAUGCAUACGACUACCGUGCUGCUUCUGAGCCAUCAGGGAAGGAACGUGAUCAUCGACGGGCAGAUAGGACAACUGAUCCUCGUGAUUAUGAUGAUGAGUAGGAGUAAUAUAAAGCUUCAAAGGCAGAUAGAGAAGACUUGGGAGGGUAUGUGUAUUUACUUGCUGUUUUCAAAAUGUUUCUUAAGACGUUCCCGAGCAGGUUGAACUAUACUUGUUCGUUGGAGGAGACGCAUAUGGUCAGUCAGUUCGUUUUUCGUUUCUUCUUUCUUAAACUUUGUUUAUUUUGACGGCUGGCUUGACAAUUUAUUGUUGGUUCUUGUUCACUCAAAUUUUAUUCUCAUUAAACUGAAAAGGUGGUGUUUUUUGUUUAUAUGUCGCUCUUACAUGACUGUGUUCGGAUUGGAUUAAUUAAAUUUUCUUUGGUUUUUUGUCGUGCC